AUGGCCUACGUUUUUUUGACUGGCGCUACUGGCUACAUCGGUGGAGAUAUUCUCCAUCACCUCCACGCAGCUCACCCCGAGUACCAUAUCAGUGCUUUGGUUCGAGGCAAUGACAAAGCUGCUUUGGUAGCCAAAGCCUAUCCCAAUAUUAAGGUCGUGGUGGGUGAUCUCGAUGAUUCCUCUUUGAUCGAAGAAGAAGCGCGCCAGGCAGAUGUGGUUAUUCACGCCGCUACCUACAAACAUGUUCCCAGCGUUGAGGCUAUAUCCCGCGGCCUUGCUAACCGAUCUAAGCCCGCACAUUGGAUUCAAGUAUCCGGCGCGAGUGUUCUCUCAAUACCUGACAUCACAAACAACCGGUACGGAGAAGCGCCUCAGAAGUGCUAUGACGAUGUCAAGGAUGCCAGUGAGCUGCGCGAUAUCAUCCACCGGAACUCAACUGCCCGAGCUGUGGAUGAAUAUCUGCUCAAUAUCCCUGGCACCAAGACUGCCAUUGUUUUCCCUCCCAUCAUUUAUGGUAAGGGCAGCGGCCCUGUCAAUCAGCGCAGUAUUCAGAUCCCCAACCUGGCUAGGAAUGCCCUCGAGACCCGACAAACUAUCCAAGUGGGUAAAGGUGAGAGUAUUUGGAGCAACAUCCAUAUCGCAGACCUAGCUCAAGUCUUCGUAAAACUUGUCGAGAAGGCUGUUACGGGUACUGAAGAAGACUUGUGGAAUCACAAUGGUCUCUACUUAGUGGGCAACUCCAAGGCAAUUACAUUUGGGCAAAUCUCCCAGCUCGUAGCCAAUGCCGCUCACAAGGCAGGCCUUACCGACUCAAGCUCCGUCAAGAGUGUCAAUGCCAGUGAGGCCGAUGCCGUCAUGGGCAAAGGCAGCAUCUUCUGGGGCACUAACGCCCAUCAAUCUUCUUCGCGAGCUUCGACGCUUCUGGGGUGGACACAGAAAGAACACUCGAUUGAGGAGGAUAUUCCAUUGACGGUACAAGAUGAGGCUUCUCGACUGGGUCUUCACGCCGGGUCGCUGUAG